UUUUUGAAAUAUGUUAUGGCAUGGCAACAUUAUUUUUUGACAGCUUUUUGAUCGCAAGACGUGUGGUUUCUUUGCUAAAUUCAUGCUUUGAUAAAGUCGGUAAAAAUGGCAGAUACUGAGGUACUCAAGAAAUUAAAGGAUGUUCCCUUCAAAAUUCAGACCGCAAGUCUGAAGGAGAGACGACAAGUUGUGAAGGAAAUUCAGGAUGUUUUGUCCUCGCCAGGAAUAACGGAGCCAGCAGUGCGUUACAUAUGCCGCGUGUUGACGCUGACACUGCACCGGUACCGCGACACCACGUCGCAGUCCUACAUCAAGCAGCUGCUGACGUACCUGGCAGUCAGCCACCGGGACAACACCCUGAAGAGUUUCCCGCCCGCUCUGCUUGAGAUAUCCGAUGUUUUGAAGAGCACUGGUUCUUCCAAAAACACAUGUCAAAGUGGAUUGAUAGCUCUCCGCUGGUCCACCAUCCUUGUGGAGCAUGCCCUCAAGGAACCAGCCCAGGACUUUGACUACAAAACCAUAAUCUUAGCACAAGCCAACCUCCUCUGCACGGUCACAGCCUAUGGAGACCACAAGAGAAAUGAUAAAGCUUAUACUUUGCUGCACCACGCAUGGAGCACGAUCGGCGCGGCGCAGACGGCGCGCUGGCUGGAGACGCUGCUGGCGCAGGCGCCGGACGCGGGCCCCCAGCUGCCCGUCGCCUUCUCUGCGCUCUGCCGGCAUCUCAAGCAGGCGGGGGAUGAGGCUGUCGCUAGUGAGCAUAAGGCGAAAAUGCUGGAGAGUUUCAUAAAGAGCGUCAUCAGCGUGAAGGCGCGCCCCAACUCCAACUACAUCGCGGGCUGCUCCGCGCUGCUGCGGCAGCUGGACCCGCGCGACGUGCAGGCCGCGCUGCUGCCCGCGCUGCAGAAGAGCAUGCUGCGGAGCCCCGAGACCAUCAUCGAGGCGGUGGGCGCGGUGGUGGAGGCUCUCGAUGUGAAGCUUGACGGGGUUAUUGUGGAUAUCGGGAAGAGUUUGAUUGGCAACCUACACUCCAAAGACGCGUGGGUGCGCUCCGGCGCUCUCCGCUCGCUGGAGCGAGUGUCGAGCGCGUGCGCGGACGAGGCGCAGGCGCGCGCGCUGCUUGACCAUGUGUUUGCUGUGUAUAACGGGGCGAGUGGGAAGCUGACGAGUAGCGAGGAUAAGAUCGCUGUGCUUAAUGGCGCGAAAGUGCUGUCCUCCCACUGCACGGCGACGACGGGCGACGCGCUGUGGGCGGCGACGUGCGCCGGCGCCGCGCGCGUGCUGGAGGGCGAGACGCACGAGCGCACGCUGGCCGCCGCGCUGGCGCUGCUGCCGCCCGCCCGCGCGCUGCCGCCGCCGCUGCUCGCGCUGCUCGAGAAAAACCUGUCCAACAUGAAGUUGAACCCGCUGGUGCGCAUCGCGUACACGCAGCUGGCGGCGCGCGCGCCCUCCCCCAAAGUUCACGAUUCGCUCGUCAAAGCGGUUGAUCGAGCUGUUCAGCAGCCAUUGCAGCACCUAGUAGUAUCAGAAGGUAUCUGCGCGAUGUCGGCCCUUGUCGCCCAAGACACGGCGCGCGCGCUGCCCGCCCGCCCCGCGCUGUGGGCGGCGCUGACGCACGCCGACAAACACGUGCUGCUGCAGGACAGGAUACUGGCUGCUGCGCCGGAAGAUGUUCUAAUACAGGUGGUGUUGCUAUGCAGAAAUGUUUUGGAAAACUACCCCAGUGUUGCCAGUGAAAAGAAUUCGCCCGUUUACCGCGCGUUAAUACUCACCCUCCUGUCCACUGUCAAGCCGGUGCGAACUGCCGCCAUAGAGAAUGUCAAGCAAUUACUAGCCAAAAAGGAAAAAGCUCAAAUGACUAGGUAUUUAGUGGCGAAGUUGAAUGAAGUGCUAGAAGAAGGCAAGAUAUUUGUAUCUAAGGAAAAGACGCCGACUGAGGAGAAGGGCUCGGAGGUCACCGGCAAGAUCAUCCUGGACGGCAUUCACGCCAUCUGUGCAUUUAAAGAAUACCCAGAAGAAGACUUACAGAACAUAGCUAUAGACGCGCUACGCUGCUGCCACCACCCGCUGGCGGCGGCGCAGGACAAACGUGCGUGGGCGCGCCUCGUGAAGUACUUGGGGCUCGAGCCGAGGAGAUUGGUUGCGUUGUACGCUAAUAAUCUGAAGAAUACGUAUAUAUGCGGGUUCACGCCUACUGAGACAAUAUCCAACGUAGUCUCGACCCUCAUCGCGACCAACGCGGCCGCCACCGCCGCCUGCGCCGUGCAGUGCGCACUGGACGUGCUGCGCGACCCCUCGCUGCUGCGGGUCACGCGGGACCAGUACUUCACCUACCUGAUGCCCGAGGGAGAGCUGUAUGACAAGAGCGCGGUGCCCGGGUGAGUCCAUGUUGGAACUAGUCUAGUGCUGCGCGACCCCUCGCUGCUGCGGGUCACGCGGGACCAGUACUUCACCUACCUGAUGCCCGAGGGAGAGCUGUAUGACAAGAGCGCGGUGCCCGGGUGAGUCCAUGUUGGAACUAGUCUAGUGCUGCGCGACCCCUCGCUGCUGCGGGUCACGCGGGACCAGUACUUCACCUACCUGAUGCCCGAGGGAGAGCUGUAUGACAAGAGCGCGGUGCCCGGGUGAGUCCAUGUUGGAACUAGUCUAGUGCUGCGCGACCCCUCGCUGCUGCGGGUCACGCGGGACCAGUACUUCACCUACCUGAUGCCCGAGGGAGAGCUGUAUGACAAGAGCGCGGUGCCCGGGUGAGUCCAUGUUGGAACUAGUCUAGUGCUGCGCGACCCCUCGCUGCUGCGGGUCACGCGGGACCAGUACUUCACCUACCUGAUGCCCGAGGGAGAGCUGUAUGACAAGAGCGCGGUGCCCGGGUGAGUCCAUGUUGGAACUAGUCUAGUGCUGCGCGACCCCUCGCUGCUGCGGGUCACGCGGGACCAGUACUUCACCUACCUGAUGCCCGAGGGAGAGCUGUAUGACAAGAGCGCGGUGCCCGGGUGAGUCCAUGUUGGAACUAGUCUAGUGCUGCGCGACCCCUCGCUGCUGCGGGUCACGCGGGACCAGUACUUCACCUACCUGAUGCCCGAGGGAGAGCUGUAUGACAAGAGCGCGGUGCCCGG